UUAUCAGUGGCGUGCUUGCAGGGUCAGCCUCUUGAGCUGGGUAUUCAUUACCUUUCCAGCAGGAUGACGAGCGCCAGUGUUUGGCUUUGCGGGGCUAAUUAACCUCAUUGUUCGGUGCUUGAGUUGGCUCUGAAAGCCGAGCGCGCAGGGGAGGCCGCGUCCCCGUGCUUCCCGCUUGGGGCGCGGCGCAAAACCACCCUCGAUCCGCAAUUAACCUCUCCACCUGCUAAUUUUAAUUUUGGCGCUGCCGAGGUUUCACCCAGCGCCACCGGUGCCUCGCCCGGCUCUGGCUGGAAAGCCGGCGUCCCGGUAGCGUUCCCCCGCCACGCAGGCGGCUUCGCGGUGGGGCUGACAGCGGGCACUGCAGCUCGCGCGGUGCCAGCAGUGCCCACCCCGCGGUCUGGAGAUGGCAAACGUCACCGCGCGCGGUGCUGGCCGGCCCUGUAGUGACGCUUUAAAACCAGCUGUGGGUAUGCGGGUGCGGGUCAGGAGCUUGAGACGCCCUUGCCACAGCUGGGGCUUGGGGCUCUUCAUUUCUGGGAGAAUCUGGAUGCGUGAAAGGGCUUUUGUUAGCACGGAAAAUGGUAAAUCAGCCAAACGGAGGCCGUUGGCGUGCUGCGGAUCUCCACCAGGAACAGGCAGCGAGUGCAAAGCCAGGAUCUUAGGGCUCGGGGGCAAACCCCAGAGGAGGGACGCGUGGCUCGACACCUUCCCACACCCUCCAUCCGGAGAGCGCGGGGCAGCACAUCCUGGGAUGUGUCAGGAUGAGGGAAGCUUUUCUUUGGAGAACGUGAUGCUGCUACGGUUGCCUGGAGCGCGUCCUCUGCGGUGCCGUAGCUUGAGGGUGACGGCAGACUGGGCGCGGAGCCGAUUCUCCGGGAGAUAAGGUGUUUAUCUGGAAUGGCACGGUUCAAGCCUGGAGCUUGGCGCGGGCUGUCCUGGCACACGGGGUUAUCUCCGCCGUUCCUUCUGGCUCUUUGCCUCUUAUCUGAAGCCGGUGGGGUGACCAAAACGAUGUUUCCGAUGGGCACGAACUGCCUGCAGUACCUGGACGCCCGAAACACGCCUUUGCUGGACCACUCGGCCCCCUUCGUGGCACGCGCCCUGCGCAUCAGCAGCAGCCUGGUGGUCCUGCACCUGGAGAACGCCAGCCUCUCGGGGCGCCCGCUCAUGCUGCUGGCCACGGCCCUGAAGAUGAACAUGAACCUGCGGGAGCUGUACCUGGCCGAUAACAAGCUGAACGGGCUGCAGGACUCGGCUCAGCUCGGCAACCUGCUGAAGUUCAACUGCUACAUACAGAUACUCGACCUGAGGAACAACCACAUCCUGGACUCAGGCUUGGCGUACAUCUGCGAAGGGCUGAAUGAGCAGCGGAAAGGGCUGGUCACUCUGGUUUUGUGGAACAACCAGCUGACUCACACCGGCAUGGCCUAUCUGGGGAUGACGCUGCCUCACACGCAGAGCCUGGAGACCUUGAACCUGGGCCACAACCCCAUCGGGAACGAAGGCGUCCGCAACCUGAAGAACGGGCUGAUUGGGAACCGCUCCGUCCUUCGCCUGGGCUUGGCGUCCACCAAACUGACCUGCGAAGGUGCCGUGGCGGUGGCGGAGUUCAUCGCCGAGAGCCCGCGGCUGCUUCGCCUGGACCUGCGAGAGAACGAGAUCAAGACGGGUGGCCUCAUGGCCUUGUCGCUGGCUCUGAAGGUCAACCACUCGCUGCUGCGCCUCGACUUGGACAGGGAGCCCAAGAAGGAGUCGGUAAAAAGUUUUAUCGAAACCCAGAAGGCUCUCCUGGCCGAGAUCCAGAAUGGCUGCAAGCGCAACUUCAUCCUGGCCAAGGAGAAGGAGGAGAAGGAGCAGAAGCUGCAGCAGUCGGCCUCGAUGCCGGAGAUCACCGUGACGGAGCCUCUGGAGGAGGGUCCGGCAGAGGACAGCGAAGACGGCAGCGCCACCUCCGCUCUGGAAGAGGGGGAAGAAGCCGGGGAGACCCUGACGGCCUCCGAGAACGGGGAUGCGGAGCCGGCGGAGGACGACGAUGACAACAGAGGCAACGUGACGGACUCUGAUUCAGACACGGACGAGGAGGCGGACGCCGGGUUAGAGACGAAGGACUUGAGCGAACGGCCAAAAAGCCCCGACUCCGCUGACGGAGCAGCCACGUCCCAGCUGCUGCUGUCCCUGGAGAAGGCAAAGGACCGGCCGCCCCCGCUGCGCAUUGCCGAGGAAUCGCCGAGUCCCGCCACCUCUCCGGCCUCUGCACCCUCCCAGGGAAACGAGAGAAGGAUUUCGGUUUCCAGCCCCGGGCGAGGCCAUAAAAUCUUCGUGGUGACGCGAGUGGAGACCCUGCCGGAUCGAGCCGCCGAAGCCACGCGCCUACGGGAGGACACGGAUGCCACCUCGAAACCCGCUGAGCCCCAGAGCCCGGCUCCGUCCCCAAAACCUGAACUCCCGGCGCCCCAGGCGAACGGAGCGGUUCCCGAAUCCGCUGCCGGCUCUGACCCCAAACGGGGCGACCCCAACGACUGCGAGAGCGCGGCCCGCGACACCCCCCUCCCCAACGGCCUGAAGACGGAUUUUGUGCGAGCGCUGCCGGAGGCGUCCUCCGACGGCGAUGGGAAAACGGGGAGCUGCGCCGCCGAGCACGAGCUGAGCUGCUCCAAGAACGAGCGGGAGCUGGAGGAGCUGCUCCUCGAGGCCAGCCAGGACGCGGGGCAGGAGCUGCUGUGAGCGCAGGUCCCCGGGGGCUGCUCGGUGCCGAGGGGAGGCUCUGGCAAUAGCUUUAUUCUAUUCCCGCUCCACACAACGAUUAAGAAACCAACCUCGGGCUUUUCAGGACAAAGGGUUCUUUUGACUUUUUGGGUUUUUUCGGUUUUUUUUGGUUUUUUUCCCCCAGACAGUUUCCUGCCCCCAAAAUCUUCCUGCCCCCAGGCCUCCCCUGCGCAGGGGGGGACCCCUGUUGUGUCCCCGGGGGCGACGGAGGAGGGGGAAGGGAAGGAGAGCAGAGAAAAAUGACCCAUCCGGGGCCAUCCCGGCUCCCAGCCGUCCCUGCCCUCGCUUGGACACUACCUGACGCCUUCGCCUUUCCUUUUUUUUUCUGUCUUUCUCCGAGGAGGAGAUCCCGCACCGGGGCGGAGGCCGCACGGUAUCGCUUCUACCGGGAGAUUAAAACCAGACACUACAGGGACCGAGGUGCCGGGAGGGCGACUGUUCGCCCGCGGGGGGGGAGCGUCUCUCACUAAAGAUACCCAGGACAGGCUGCGUCCGCAGCCACAGUGGUUAUUUAUUUUGAAGUUCCUUUUUGGAACUUAAACCUUUUCCUUUUUGUUUGUUUGUUUGUUUGUUUGUUUUAUUUUUUUUUUGUUUGUUUGUUUGUUUUCAGUAUAUAUUUAUCAUCAGCUGCAAAGUUACCGGGUUGGGGAUGUAGAGGAUGGUGUUAGAAUUAAGGAAUUCCUUCUGGGCUAACCUGCAACUGAACUCCUGCUCCUGGGCUGCCGGAAAAAAAAAAAAAAAAAAUCCCAGAAACACAAAAAACAGCGUUGGUGGAGCCCCCACCCCCCCCCAACCUUCCCAUGCAAACCCCUUGGGGGGCUGCGGCUUCCGCAGGGGCCGGAUCUAGGAGAGGAGCUUCCCCGCAGCCCGGCCGUGCCGGCACGGCGUCUUCCCGGCGAGGUGGGGGGACACCCCCCCCCCCCCCAACCCGGAGAGUCGGGGAUCCAAGGUGGGAACCCGGGACGAUGGCCGCGGCGUCUUCCCGGCGAGGUGGGGGGACGCCAUCCCCCCCCGGAGGGUUAGGGAUCCAAGGUGGGAACCCGAGACGAUGGCGGGAGCAGGUUCCCCAGCUUGGACGCCUCGGCAUCCUCUUCCCCCCCCUCCAUCCCGGCUUCCCGGAUUUUGGGAUCCUCGGGGAAAACUGGCCGGCGAGGGGCUGCCGCAGCCCCCCCCGCCACGGCGCGGGGUGGGCGUCCGCUGGCGAGGACGCGUCGCUUUUUUUCUUAUCUUAAAGUGCAAUAAAUCUAUCAGGGAGCUGCGGGCAUGGGGCCGGGCACCGGGGGCUUUGGGGGGGUUUUGGGGG